UUGUUAAGCUGGAUCUUGGGAAGUGAAUGAUUAAAACUUCGAAGGAAGAUCUGAGAAGUUCAGACCUUCCCUUGUCUCCCUGCUCCCUCCUCCCUCUGCUCAAUAAUCUUACAGCUUUAACAGAGUGAAAGUGAAAAUGCUGAGUGUGGCCAAAUGAGAGCCCUGACCUUCUUUUCUCUGCUUUGCCUUGUUAUAGACCAACACGUGACAGCUGGCUAUGCAGUGCUAAAUUCACCCCUAUGUUGGCUGUGAAUGAAGGAAUCCUGCCCUUAUCGUGGUUAAUGUGAAAACAGCAAAUAGUAUCUGAAUAAAGCACACAGUAAACAAGUACCCUCGGCCAUGGAGCGAAAGCAAAUAGUGAAAAAGAAGUUUGGGAAGAGAUUCUCUUUGGACAGUAGUCUCAUGCACAGGGGAAAGGAUGAAAGCUACACACAGCCUGGCCCAUGCUGUGGCCACAAUCCAAAUCAGGGUCCCAUGGCUGUUUUUUCAAACAGAGAAGAAGUUGGGAGCUCAGUUCACAGAACUUCCAUGUGCAUCUGGUCUGGCAGCCCUAAGAUGUGACUAUGUGGACUCCAAUAAAUACAUUGACCAUUUACUGACUCCGCUGGAAGAGCAACGCUGGAAUGCAUGGAGGGAAAAGCUGUCUGUGGCUGGGCUACAGCAGGAAGUUGAGCGAAGUAAAAGUGACGGAACAAUGCAGCUUUGGAGGCGGUGGCGGGAACUGCCCACGAGGAACCAGCGGGGAUCACGACACAACCGGCGGACUCAGGACCAGGAGACGGCAGGGACGACAAUGCGCGAGAAGCUGAUACAUGAGUUGGAGGAAGAGCGACAUUUGAGACUUGAAAGUGAAAAAAAAUUACGAGAGGUGACACUGGAAUCUGAGCGCAACCGGGCUCAAAUGCGUGGAUUGCAACAGCAGUUCUCAAGAAUGGAAGAGACAGUGAGAAAUCUACUGCAGAAUCAAGGAUCACCAGAACCAAAUGGAGAGGAACCUGUUACUGAAAUUAAGAACUACCAGGAAACAAUAAUGCAAGAAGCCAAAAGAUGCAAAACAGGCGUGGAAGACACUUGUAUGGCAGUAGAUAAAGAUUCAAGGAAUGAAAACAGCAGCACUGAAGAGGAAAAAGAAACGACAAAAUUACUGUUAGAACGGCUAAAGGCUCUGGAGGCAGAGAAUUCCGCACUGGCAAUGGAAAACGAAAAUCAGAGAGAGCAGUAUGAAAGAUGCCUUGAUGAGGUAGCCAACCAGGUAGUUCAAGCGCUGCUUACUCAGAAGGAUCUGAGGGAAGAGUGCUUAAAGUUGAAAACAAGAGUUUUUGACCUGGAACAGCAGAACCGUACAUUAAGUGUGUUGUUCCAGCAAAGAAUGAAACCAACAUCUGGCUUACUACUUCAGAAACUUCAUUCGCGUAUCUUAGAUCUGUCAUCUGGGGAUUUCCUUUCAGAGGUAGAGAAGAACAGAAGUUUGAUACCAUCGCAAAGUGCUGAUGUUCAGGUUCAUGAAUGCCAGCUGAAUAUGAAAUCUGGAAUACCUGCCUUGAAAUGCCAGAGUCAAUUAAAUAUGACAGGGCCUAACAGAGUUUAUCCUCGAAGCAGCUGCAGCAGCAGUGAGCUCUCUCUCUCAAGUGCCUGCAGUGAAUAUUCCAGCGGCUCCUCCUACACCUGGAAUGAUGGAAAAGCAUGUAGUAAAAGGUCAUCAGUCAACUGGGAUAAAAGAAUUAGCAUUGGUUCCUCACUCCCCAGCAACCUUUCUAGUCCUGCUGAUGAUCUACCUCCAACUCGUAUCAAGGAAAACCACAUUUUGGAAGGCCUGAAGAAGCUUCAGAAGCAAAAACUAUUACUUGAACCACCGUCUGUAAUAUCCAAAUGGGGUUACAAAGAUUGCAUGGAUUCUAAUGAAGGAAUCUAUUCCCCUGGAUUUAAGUGCAGCAGUCAUAAAGAACAGGAACAUUGCAUGCCAGAAGAAAUAGGGGCCAUUUGCAUUGAGCACCAGAAAACCUUCAUGUAUGAUUCAGAUUCGCAUGAGGAUGCAGAUGAUGAGUCUUCAUCUUUAGCACUGCUGUAUGAAGUACCCAGCAAAGACUGUAGGCACUACUGUAAUAAAUUAACUCACAGCGUUUCUGACAGCUUAUUUGGUCGGGAGCCUGAUAGAAAGCAUUCACCAGAAAGAGGUUCUUAUUUUAAUUCAAAGGAAAGACCUGAAAAACUGACUAGUUUUAUCAAUGAAUUCCAGUCAGAAGCAAAAUCAUGCACAAAUGUGAAGAUUCCUGUGUUACAGAUAGAGAAAAGUCUUGCUAAUGUAGGCUGGAGGGACCUUAAUUUACACCUUUCAGAUACUGACGACAAUGAAAUCCUCGAUGAAUUGCAUAUAGAAAGUAGUGAUGAGAAAAGCCCAUCAGAUUUGUCAUUAACUCCCUUUGUUGACAAGCACACAAUGAACUGUGAUAUGCUUGUGAAGAUGAAAAAUUCCAGGUUUGUAGUUUCUGAAAAAGAAGCAAAUCAGGUACCCAUUGACUCAGAUAUUAGGCCAAAGGCAUGUAAUUUCAUUAAGGAACAAAAAGUUACAAAGAAGACUUCUUCAGAAGAAUGCAUUACAGUAAUAUUUGAUGCAGAAGAUGGCAAACCUAUUGAAUUCAGCUCACAUGAAAGCAGACUUGUCACCGUAACUAGAAAUGAAAUUUCAAUCAACCACCCAUACACUGGGCCCAAUGCAGAAUACACUGAAUGUUUACCUCAGGGAAUAGUUAAUUUGCAGAAAGCAGUAGAUACUCAGAACUGCAGCAUUUUGCAAACACCUGGCAAUGAAACUGGGGGAGAAACUCUCCAAGAAAAUCUAGGGAAUGAACAUGCAGUUCUCCCUACUACAUGCAGCACUGAACCUUCUAUAGGCUUUGAAAGACAUGUGCUUCAGAAUACCACACAACAAAACCUAAUAAAGUCAGUUUGCAGUACUUCUAAGGCCAGCUCUCCAUCUUAUAUGCAGACAGGUAUUAAUCAAAAACAAAAGUUGACUAAAAUUCCCAGCAGAGGUAAGUUUUCACCACAGAAAACAAAAGUCACAACAAGCGAAGACUCCACUACAACCCCUUCACAUUGUUCUAUGAACCUGGAGAAAUCUCCCUUGUCACCUGUAAAAUGUUUAAGAUUUAAAAAGGUGCAAAGUCCAACUCAGAAUCCUGAUUCAAAAGUAGGUUUGGAUAUCUCAAAGGCCCAUCCCCUUCAAAUUUCUAAAAUGCUGGACAGAACAGAUUGGCCCAAGAGUCAGCUCCCUGAUUCAGCUUCAUUACCACACCAUCUUUUGGACUCAAUUGACUGUGGAGAGCCCCCAACUAGAGAUGUCUGUUGUGGUUUGUCUGCUGUAAAAACCAGAUCUCUUUCACCCCCUCCCCCGCCAGGCAGGUCAGUUUCGCUCUUGAUAAAACCAAACUAUGAACAUUCACCUCCUUUACCUGAUAAGCAAAGGGCAAGUUCCCCCAGUGAGGCACCAAAAAAUGUAGUUAAGUUGUCACCAUGGAAAGAAAUAUCAAAGUCUGUUUUUCAGAAUAUUACUAUGCAUGAAACACAAACCAACAAAUUCCCUGUAACAGCUAAUGUUGAAUUAAAUCACUUCCAUGAGAAGGGAGAAAUGGUUAUACACCACAAAUUCAUAUCAGAGCAGCCUCCUGGAAUGUACCAAGGAACUUCCAAAGUUUUUACUAAGAAAACUUCUUCCAAAACCUCAAACCAGUCAGCAUCCUGCAAUAAUCAAGAACUCUGUAAUUCUAAGGAUUUCCCCUCAGUUUGCAUGUCACAAGAUAUAAAUCCAUUGUCUAAGGAUGCUGGAGUACCUCAGAAACAUAAGAUCCCAAACAGUUUUCCCACGUCACCAGAUUGUGACACAGCAAUAGCUGGUGAGCCGUUUCUGCCUCACUCCCCUUUACUAUUUUUGUCUCAGGACAGUGAAGUUGGAAACAUGCCAGACAAAGGAAUGAAACCCCGGCUGCCUGUAAAGCUUAAAUUGCUCAUAAAAUCACCUCAGCUCCUCAGGAAGUGCUCAACCAUACCAGGGAAGCAGGAGAAAGACAAUAUGAAUGCAGCCUCCAAAAGCUGUGUUAAUUCAGGUAAACAGAGGCAGAAUGAAACUUUGCCUCAGUCCACCAUAUAUGCAGCAGACACUGAAUUACGGGGUGCUGUGAAUGAAAUAAAAGAACAUUUUAUUCAUGAACUUAGUAUAGAUAAAGCUUCCUCUGUUUCACCUGAAAACUGCAGCUUAGUCAAUCAAAGAAAUGGUAUAGAGAACAAAUUAGUUAAGAGAUCUGUUUCUUCUAGUAAUAAGACUUGCUUGAAACCAGCUCUUGGUAUGAAUGGAGCAAAAGCCCGUAGUCAAAGUUUCAGUAUUCACACAGGAGAGAAAUCAGCAAUACCUUCUACAGAAGUAUUAGGGAAAGUUCGGACACAAAUUAUAACUAAUACUUCUGAAAGAGGGAAUUCUUUAACCAGGCAGAACUCUACAAUGGAGGGAUUUCAACUCAAGGCUGUUCCUGGAUCAGCAAUGAUAUCGGAUCUGGUUUCAGCUGCAACCAAAGUCCCAGAGGUCCCCUGUUCUAGGCAGGGUUCUUGUGGAAGCAUGAAUAAUUCCAAUAGUCAGGUUGGAAGUCCAAGCAAACUACCAUUUCAGAUGUCCCCAAAGGGGGAUUUGUUUUACAGCAUUUCAAAAAAUGAUGGCAGCAAAUCACCAUCUCAGAGAGAUGUCCAAAGUAGAUCUUUCCAUGAUGAAAAGGGCAGUGAAAUGUCUAAACACCAACCAGUAAGCAAAAAAAGUGUCACACAAGCAGAAGUGGCAUUGGAGUCAUCAACUAGUAUUUCAUCAGAACAAAUUCUGCCACUUCAGAAAAAUCUGGACAGCAUACAAUGUCCUCAUAAACAUGAAGUAAGCAAGACAGUAUUGCAAGGAACGUGCUUAAAGGCGCCCGAAGCCUCGGAGAAGGUUUUGACUUCAUCUGUUUUGCAACCUACAAUAGAAGAAAAAGUCAUGUUGUGCAUCCAAGAAAAUAUGCAGAAGGGACAAGGACAAAGCAAAUCUCCUACCACUGAGACAAAACAAAGGAGUGGGGGCCCUUCUAUUGCUAGCUGGUUCGGUUUUCGUAAGAGUAAACUCCCAGCCUUGAAUGGUAGAAAAACUGACAUUUCUAAAGUAAAAAUUGAAAAGAAAGAAGCAAAGAGUUCAGGUUUUGGAAGUAAGCAAACAAAAUCAGAAAAGAGAAAAGACAAAAAGAAGACUGAACAGCACUGUGAAACAGAAAACGAGCUGAAUAAGAAAACUCUGAAUUGUGGUAUUUUAGGCAAUGUUCCAAAAGGGGGGAAAAGUGCAAAAGCCACGCAAAAUAACCUCAGCCAAACUAGGAGUGAACAAAAGAACAGCUCUGUGACAACAUGUGGCUCAGGAAAAGACAGCUUUAUGAAAGAGCUUUUACACAGAGUUGAUAAGAAAGCAGCCCAGCAGACAGAAAGUGGAUCAAAUAAUGUUUCCUACAGGAGCGUGUCGAAGGGCAGUUCCCAAGGCUCUUCUCUUCCCAGCAACUCUAUCAGCACUCAAGGAAACCAGAAGAAAAACAGCAAAACAAAGGCAGAUAUGGAAAUACCAAACGAGACACUGGCAAAAGUGGUAACAGAAAGCUUGCAAGAGGAUGGAGAAGGCACCAUCGCUGAUUCAACAUGUCAAAGCCAUUUAAUAGAAUCUUGCUGCCAAAUGAGGACUCUGGAUAGUGGAAUAGGAACCUUCCCUCUCCCAGACUCAGGAAACCGCUCCGCUGGACGGCAUGUUUCCCGACAAGAACUGGACACAGAUACUGAAGUUUUCACAUUACUUGAGCAAGCCUUCCCUCAGGCUCCUUCUGAGAAAGCCAAAACUCUUGAGCGAGAAGUGCCUUCAACAGCUAAUAAGAAUCAGGAAUCUGUGGAAAAUAUAAUUACUCAUUCAACAUCAGAUCCUACCAUGACUGCUAAAGGUGUACGACCUUUCCAAAGUCGCCUUCCAAAACCAGCUUCUGCAGGAAUAAUGAGCCCUAAGAAAAAAUGUGGACAAGAGAAGAGCUCUCUGACUUCUGCAUCAUUAGAGCCUUCUGAAAAAGAAAAAGGUGACAACAGUAAGAAGAUGUUUCCAGACUGGAACAGCAAGAAAGCUAUCAAAACUAAGGACAGAGAACUGAGAGUGUGCACUUAUUCUGCAAGCAGUAGCAGUGAUACUGAAACAGAGCUGGAGUAUGAAACAAAUGAGUUUGGAACCGGAGGGGAGAAGUUGGUAGACUUAAUGAAGAACAACAAACACGCUGAGCAAGAAGAAAAUAGUGUGAGGAAGUCCUUUAUGGGGAGGCCCAUGUCAAUCUUGGAUUUGUACCAGCACAGUCUCUGUGGCCAUUAUGGAGAGGAUGGACCUGAACAAUUAGCACAUUACAGUUUUAUUGAGCAGCUGAAUGGAACUUCCACUAAAGAUGGCAAGAGCAAAAAGAUCCCUAGUAAAUUGAAGCAACCUGAGGAAACAAAGGAAGAUUCUGAAAAGAGGCCAUCUAAAAUUUCCCUGGAGUGUCUCAAUAAAUUUAACAGCAGCAGCAUUUUAUUGGAAAAAGAGAAGAACAGUCUGAACAAGGUUGAAGGCCAGGAAGAAGAAAAUGGGAAGAAUGAAGACGUUCCCCUAAAUAGUUCCAAUACACAUGGUACUAUAGACCAUUUAGAAUCAUUGAGUGAUUCUUUAUAUGAUAGCUUCUCAUCCUGUGCGAGCCAAGGCUCAAAUGAUGUAUAAAGACACUCUACAGUGGGCACUGAGUGAAGUACUUAAGAAACGGAAGGACUAAAUAAAAUAAGGAGGAGCUGUUGAAACUAUUCAAAGUAUGUUGCUAAGACACGCAAUAGGAUAAGCUGGAUAUAUUCAUAUAGAGCAAUAAGAAGAAAAAAGAAAACAUCCUGCAUUAUACUAGAAAGACUGAACGUUCAACAUCUAUGACAGUUGUUACUUUUUUAAAAGUCUUAAUUUUGCACUUUGAUGAAUUAUUGUACAGAAGUUGUAAAAAUAUUAUUGGGGAAGAAAAAUAUAUUUGUAGAAAAACAUGACAGCAAUAAAUACUAAUUGGUGCCAUGCUCCAGAAAUGACAGGUUACUAACUUUAAACAUUGAUGUUAAUAUUAACAAAGUUAGUGAUCUUUUUUUGUAAAAUAUUUAUAAAUAUUCUAGUCUUACAACUGUAUGUAGAAACACUGCUUUAAUGCAAACUUGAGCUUGCUCAAUUGUCUGUAAUGACAACUAUAGAAAACCCUUGAACCACACUGUACAACAUAUAUAUAUAUAUAUAUAUAUAUAUAUAUAUAUAUAUAUAUAUAUAGUACAGUUCUGGAGCCAAGUUUCUCUAUGGAUUCAUGCACAUAUUUCUCUUAAUGUCAUUUGGUCUACACAUUCAAGAGAUACUUUGCUUCUCAUUUAUCUGUUGCCAUCUAUCAUUAAUAUGUGCUGUGUUGAUUUUCCUUUGAACUGAUUUCAUUUUAACUGUUAAUCUGGGAACCAUGGAAUAAAAUGCAAUUUAGAUUUGUAAUUUACACUUAAGCAGAAGAAAAAGAUUGGUGCUAGCAAACAUUUGUGGGUUUUUUUCUACAAAAACUGUUUAUAUGUAAGGGGAAAGUCUAUUUCAAAGGUGGGUGUAUUUUUUCUAGAUGUGGAGUAUUUAUAACAACUUUUGUACAGCAAUCUGUAAGCUAGCUAUAUUUGGGAUACUUCUAGCCCUUUACUAAGUUUGUAGCAUUUACCUGUUCAUCCCCUGUCCCCAGUAUGAUGUUGUACUAUCAGUGUUACAUUGUUAAUACUUUUGUGCAAUGUUACAUUUCACAUUGUUUUAAAUGAUGCUGUUGGGGUGGAGUUUCAUUGUCUGACUUUUAUGAAAUUUCUUUUGGAAUUUAUUUCUUAAUAAAAGUCAUAUCGCAUCCAGAUAUCAAAACAAUGUGUGUAUGUACAUAUAUGUCAACAGUUCAACAAUUAAGAUGGUUGAAAUUAGCUGAGACAUUAAACAGUUAGCUGGUGA